GGAGGGAGGAUGGAGGGGGCCGGGGGGCUCCGGGCGUCCUGCCUCUGCCUGCAGCUGUUGGCCGCCGCUGCCUUCAACCUGGACGUGAGCAGCACCCUGCUGAAGGAUGGGGACCGGGGAAGCCUCUUCGGCUUCGCGGUGGCUCUGCACCGGCAGCUCAGCCCCGAACCUGCCAGCUGGUUGCUGGUGGGAGCCCCCCAGGCGCCAGCUCUGCCAAGCCAAGGUGCCAACCGCACGGGGGCGCUCUUUGCCUGCCCCCUCACCCCCGAGCUCUCCGACUGCUGGCGAGUGCCCAUCGACGAGGGAGGGGACCCCGAGCGGGAGAGCAAAGAGAACCAAUGGCUGGGGGUGAGCGUCAAGAGCCAAGGAGCUGGUGGCAAGAUCGUGACCUGUGCCCACCGCUACGAGGCGCGGCACCGGGUGCGGCAGCCGCUGGAGACCAGGGACAUCAUCGGGCGCUGCUUCGUGCUGAGCCAGGACCUGCGCGUCCGGGACGAGCUGGACGGCGGCGAAUGGAAGUUCUGCCAGGGCCGACCCCAGGGCCACGACCGCUUCGGGUCGUGCCAGCAGGGCCUGGCAGCAGCCUUCAGCCCCGACCACCACUACAUCCUGCUGGGCGCCCCUGGCACCUACAACUGGAAAGGGACCCUGCGAGUGGAGCUGCUCAACCAGAGCUCCCCGGACCUGCUGCUGCGCUACGACGAUGGCCCCUACGAGGCGGGGGGCGAGAAGGAGCAGGACCCCUCCCUCAUCCCCGUGCCCUCCAACAGCUACCUGGGGCUGCUCUUUGUGACAAACAUUGAGAGCUCAGACCCCGACCAGCUGGUGUACAAAAGCCCUGAGCCCGGGGAGAAGGUGCCCGGCGCCGUGCCAGGCGAUGUGGCCCCCAAUAGCUACUUGGGCUUCUCAGUGGACUCCGGCACGGGGCUGACUCGGCGGCGGGAGCUGAGCUUCGUCAGCGGUGCCCCCCGUGCCAACCACACGGGGGCCGUGGUGAUCCUGCGGCGGGACAGUGCCAACCGGCUGGUGCCCGAGGCCGUGCUGCGUGGGCAGCAGCUCACCUCCGCCUUCGGCCACGCCGUGGCCGUCCUGGACCUCAACAGCGAUGGCUGGAUGGACCUGGCGGUCGGUGCCCCCCACUUCUUUGAGCGCCAGGAGGAGCUCGGGGGCGCUGCCUACGUCUACAUCAACCCCGCGGGCCGCUGGCACCUGGCCACCCCCCUGCGCCUGACUGGCACCCGGGGCUCCAUGUUUGGCAUCGCCCUCAGCGCCGCCGGGGACCUCAACCGCGACGGCUUUGAGGACCUGGCUGUCGGUGCCCCCUUUGAUGGCGCUGGCAAAGUCUACAUCUACCACGGCAGCACCCUGGGCAUCGUGGCCAAGCCAGCUCAGGUCCUGGACGGGGAGGGCGUGGGGGUGACAGCUUUUGGGUACUCCCUGUCGGGUGGCAUGGACGUGGAUGGCAACCUGUACCCAGACCUGCUGGUUGGUUCCCUCUCUGACACCGUGGUGCUGUACAGGGCUCGCCCUGUGGUCCACGUCUCCAGGAACCUCUCCCUGACGCCGCCCAGCAUCGACCUGGAGCGCAGCAACUGCCAGCAGCAGGAGGGCGUCUGCGUGGAGGUCCGAGCCUGCUUCAGCUACGCUUCCAGUCCCGCCGCUUACAGCCCCAACCUCGUCCUGGAGUAUGUGUUCGACGCCGAGGCGGAGCGGCGGCGGCAGGGCCAUGCCCCCCGCGGGGCCUUCCUCGGCCGCCGACCCUCGGACCCCGAGCACCAAUUCAGCGGCAGAGUGGAGCUGCCCCAGCAGCACGCCCGGGGCUGCGGCGCCGCCACCUUCCGCCUCCACGACAGCAUCCGGGACAAGCUGCGUCCCAUCGCCCUCACCCUGGCCUAUGGCAUCCAGGGCACGGCGGCACCGCGGCGGGGCCGGAGGGUGGCGCUGCCAGCCCUGCCCCCCCUGGCGCCGGUCCUCAGCCCGCAGCAGCCCAGCAGCCUCCGCACCGAGGUGCACUUCCUGAAGCAGGGCUGCGGCGAGGACAGGAUCUGCCAGAGCAACCUCCAGCUCCGCUUCCAGUUCUGUGCCCGCCUGGGGGACGCAGACUUCGUCCCUGUCCCCAGGGGCGAGGAUGGCACUGCCAUCUUCGCCAUGAGCGACCAGAAGGAUGUGGCCCUGGAGAUCCAGGUCACCAACGAGCCCUCGGACCCGGCGGAGCCGCAGCGGGACGGCGACGAUGCCCACGAGGCCUCCCUCAGUGCCACCUUCCCCCCGGAGCUGCCCUACUCGGCCCUGCGCCCCUACGACGGCCCGGGGCCGGCGGCCAAGCCUGUGCUGUGCCUUGCCAACGCCAACGGCUCGCGGGUGGAGUGCGAGCUGGGCAACCCCCUGAAGCGUGGAGCCCAGGUCCACUUCUUCCUCAUCCUCAGCACCUUGGGCAUCACCCUGCAGACCACGGACCUGGCAGUGGAGCUGGCACUGUCCACCAUCAGCGAGCAGCCAGGGCUGGAGCCGGUGGUCGCCCGUGCCCGAGUGGUCAUCGAGCUGCCCCUCACGGUCACAGGGGUGGCAGUGCCCCCCCGGCUCUUCUUCGGGGGGGUGGUGCGGGGGGAGAGCGCCAUGAGGAGGGAAGGGCAGGUGGGCAGCGGCGUCAGCUUCGAGGUGACGGUGUCCCACCGCGGCCAGGCGCUGAAGACCUUGGGCUCAGCCUUCCUCACCCUGCUGUGGCCUCAGGAGCUGCCCAGCGGCAAAUGGUUGCUGUACCCUCUGCAGCUGGAGCUGGAGGCCCCCCCCGGGCAGCGAGUGCCCUGCACCCCCCGUGCCAACCCCCUGCGCCUCGCCCUGGAGCCGCAGGGGGAGGCUGAGCCCCCCGAGCCCCCCCCCAGGCUGGGGUCCUGGUGGGUGCCAGCACCCUCAGAGAAGAAGAAGAACGUCACCCUGGACUGUGCCCAGGGCACUGCCCGCUGCCAGCCCUUCCGCUGCCCUCUGCCCAGCUUCGAGCGCGCCGCGGUGCUGCGUGCCCGCGGGCGCCUCUGGAACAGCACCUUCCUGGAGGAGUUCUUGGCUGUCACCUCGGUGGAGCUGAUCGUCCGUGCCAGCGUCUCGGUGACCUCCUCCAUCAAGAACUUGGUGCUCAGGGACGGUGCCACCCAGAUGCCAAUCUCCAUCUACCUGGACCCGGGGGCGGCGGUGGCCGGCGGUGUGCCAUGGUGGGUGGUGCCCCUGGCGGUGCUGGCUGGCAUCCUGCUCCUGGCACUGCUGGUUCUCAUCCUCUGGAAGCUGGGCUUCUUCCGGCGGGUGCGGGCAGUGCCACCCGCGGUGCCCCAGUACCACGCCGUGAAGAUCCCCCGGGAGGAGCGGCAGCAGUUCCGGGAGGAGAAGACAGGAACCAUCCAGAGGAAGGAGUGGGCUGCCAGCCCGGGGGGCACCACCGACGGGCACCUGGCGCCCGCCUCGGCGUAGCGAACCCCACCCCGGGAGGGUGGCACCGGGACUGGCACUGCCACUGCCACGGGCCGCUGGCUGCGGGACCCUCGCAGCCCC